GUCCUCUCCGGGUUCCCGUACCUUACACAAACGAAGGUUAGCUAGUUUGUGUGCUAACUUUGCAUGUUGGUGUUCUGACAUUGAGGACAACUACGACCACCUACUUUUUAUUAUCGCUUUUUAAAUUAAAAGGGUCCUCAUCAUGCUGUCUGGAAAGCGCCUGGCUGACAUCGGCUAUCGGGCUUUUUCUGCCUCGAUGAUGCUGCUGACGAUGUACGGAGGAUACCUGUGUGCUGUGCGAGGAUACCGCUACAUGCAGAGGCAAAAACAGCUGAAACUGGCAGCAGAAAACCAGGACCCCGAAGUCAUCAAAGACUGACGUGAGACGGACUGAUCCGCUUUUUGCGCAGAUGUGGACAUUUCCCCAUUCCUCCUUUUUGGUCCAUCACUAAAUCACGAAGAUGUUUCUUCUUCUCUGGACGUUUGUAUGAUUUCAUAGUGAGGGUAUUGUGCCCUCACAAGGAAGAUUAACCAAGAACAUAUUAUUUGCUUCAGUGGCCUGUAACAAAUCCAUGUUAUGAGUGGCACUGUUUCAGACGUGAAGAUGGCUGUUAUCAUUUGUAUUGUAUUAUAUUAAAUGCCUUUAACCACA